GGCCGGCGAAUGGUGCAUUGACGCCAACUGAAAGCAGCGCUACAGGUGAAUGUGAAAUGGAUCUACCCGAUGCUGGAUCUCCCUUCGAAAAGCUGCCAUCGGAGCUCAUUUUCUCCAUUUUUGAUUAUCUUGAGCUCAAGUCGCUGAAGGCAGUUUCACUAACAUGCCAUCGGUUGGAGCAAAUGUUUGCCGACUACAGUGCCCGCCGGUUUGUGGUGCGAAUCCGCGAGAAACGAAAGAGCUAUGCAUUCUUUCCGCCGUUGAUUGAAAUUGCUGAUAAGGUGGAGGCGGCAACCAAAUUGCUGAAUAGGACUAAACGUUGCUACCGGCGUGUUCAUCUCGAUGUGCAGUAUCAGCCAACGGCUGAUAGUAUCGAGCAUAUGCAAGCUGUGCUCGACAAGCUUUUCGCAGUACGGUUGAUGCAGCAACUGACCGUGCUGAAGCUUGAUUUGCCGGCCGGUCCGGAGAAAUUGGCCGUACAGCUGUCGGAUGCAGUGUCAAUGCUAGACACUCUGCAGGAGCUAGCCAUCAGCUACGAACAAAGUGAUAAUCAAUCCAGAUUCAGCCAACUGUACAUUGUGAAUCGUUCACUGCACAAGCUGGUGCUGAACUGCGUUUGGCCCGGCAGGAUCAAUUGCCCCAAUAUGCAGAGCCUGGAAGUGUUGGCGUAUAUAGACGUGUGGUACAUGAUAGGCGAACAGUAUGCACUGCAUGGUGACGCAGAACCGUACUGGAAGCUGAAACAUCUGAGGGAGCUGGUCAUGGCGACACGCCUUUGGUAUUGUCCGUUGAACCAUUACUUACAAAAAACAGAAUCCUAUAAAGGCGUAUUUUGUCAACAGUUGACCCAGCUUAAAAAAUUACGACUUUUUCACAGUUGCACGGUAACAGAUAAGGUGCUGAAGGCCAUCUGCGAAUCGUGCGUCCAUUUGGAGCACCUGUCGUUCACGUUAAUGUACAUUUCCAAUCCGGAUUCGUUCCGCUACAUCUCGAACCUAACCAACUUACGACAGUUGUCAAUUGAGACCUACAUUAAAGGUCUAUCGUUCGCUGGCGUUCGCUUGCCCCACCUCAAAACGCUUCUGCUAGGCAAUGUUAACAUUGACUGGCCAUCGUUAGCGAAAGUUGAAUCGAUUGAGUGGCUCAUGAUUAAACUCAACGUCUCGCAGGUGGUUCCAGCAUGUGAUCUUUUCGCUGGACACAUGCGGCGGUUACGCUUGUUAUGGAUCAAGUUUGAUAUUGAUAUACAACACGAGCGCUAUCGAGAAAUAUUCGCAGCGCUCAGUAAUCUCCCUGCACUGGAAACGCUUACACUACAAAAUGUGUUGCGUUUGGACUGUCUCAAAGAAAUGGUGCCAAUACCACGGCUCACCCGACUCGUUGUAUGCGACAUAUUGCCAAGAUGUAUUUCGGUAUCUCCGGCCGAUGUUGCAAAACGAGUCCCGAAAGUAGAUAGAAUCGAAGUUCCUUGGAUCAAUAAGUUUAACAAAGACAUGAAACUACGCUUUGGAUGCAAUGCUGACUUUUUUCAUUAGUUGUGCCAUGUUGCCUUGACCAUCAGAUUUAUAUGUGAAUUAUGGUUUAUACAAUAUUUAUUAGGGUACCACUAUAUACCAUUAUUUAUUUGUAUUACGAACCCAAAUCGUGGUUUGCUUGUUUAACAUGUUUCAACACACGCUUAACAACUUAAGUGCUGAACUUCUAGAAUAUAUAGAAUGUACUUGUAAAACGGGGAAUUUUGGUUUGAUAAUGGUAAAUGCA